AUGGUCUUUAAUAUAGCAAUGUCUAUCAGCGAAACCCUCUUGGUAGUAAGUAUCAACGCCAGUGAUCCAAAUGUUCUUAUUGGCGCUGUCAUUUUGGUCUCUUUAGACACAGUCAUCUUAACAGUGAAAAAAUUUGAUAUUCUAAUAUCAUACGUUCUCAACAGUAUCAACCAAAAAGGUGUCGCCAGAGGCAAAUUCAGGAUGUUGAGACCCGGAAGGCCGCUUAAGAGCGUGGUAAUUCGUCGUAACCUAGCACAGACAUUUAAGGCCUGUCAGGGGAACCCUAGGUCGCCACUGCAGAUCUUCCGCGAAACUUUCAAACAAGAGUGGAAGAAGUCGCAGGAGCUUCAAGACAAUAUUAAGGCGCUACAAGAUGCGUCUGGCAAAAUUGGAGAAUCCGAAGCAUACAAGAAGGCCAGGGAGGCAUACCUGAGCGCGCAGAAAGGGUCGACAAUUGUGGGAAAGACCCUGAAAAAGACUGGAGACUCUGUGGAGAAGAUCGCAGCCAAGGCGUGGGAAUCUGAGAUCGGUAAAAGCACGCGUCAGGCCGUGAACAAGACUGCUGCGAAGCUUGAUGAGUCUUUCGAGCCCGUGAGACACACGCGGGUGUACAAAGAUGUGUCCGAGGUGAUGGACAGCAGUAACAGUUCGCGUUAUGGUGGUUUCAUAAGCAAGGAGCAGAGGAGACUGAAACUCGAGCAGGACAUUGCGUCCGGAAAGAGACCCAAGGCUGUCAAGAGCAAUGAGGAAGCGGGUACCGCAUUGGUGGCCACUGAAAUUGAGGCCAAAGAAUCUUUCGGAAAGAAAGUUGACGACUUCAAGGAGAAAACCGUUGUAGGAAGAAAGCUACAGGAUGUUAAACAAAAACUAUGGGACGAGAGUGAGAACCCAUUGAUAGUGCUCAUGCGUACUAUCGGCAACAAAGUUGGUGGUCUCUUCGCCGAAACGGAGUCAGCGCGGGUGAUGGGUCAAUUCAAGAUGAUGGAUGGCAACUUCAACAGCGAAAGUUUCCUGAGUCACCUGAGAGAAUACAUUAUCCCCGAGGUACUAGAAGCGUACGUCAAAGGCGAGGAGCAGGUUCUCAAGCAGUGGUUUAGCGAGGCUCCCUACAACGUGUACGCCGCGCAGCAGAAGGUGUUCCGCGAGCAAGGUUUGUUCGCGGAUGGCCGUAUUCUAGAUAUCCGUGGCGUGGACAUUGUCAGUGCCAAGUUGCUGCCUCCACAGGAUCUCCCCGUACUCGUCGUCGGUUGUCGCGCGCAGGAAAUUCAUCUCUACAGGGACGUCAAGACCGGCGAGGUGGCUGCUGGUACGCAAUCCAACAUCCUCAUGAGCUCCUACGCAAUGGUUUUCACGAGAGACCCGGAGAACAUCGAUGACAAGGAAACUGAGGGCUGGAAAAUCCUAGAGUUUGUACGCGGCGGGUCCAGACAGUUCACAUAA